GGCUCGCAGAAGGAUAUGUGGAAGGACUUGCAGAAGAACUCAUGGAAGGUCAUGUGAAAGACCACGAACAACUUUGGAUGAAAGAUCUAGUAAAAAAUUGCAUAGGAAUCCUUUCAGAUAUAAGUGAGGUAGAGAUAGAAAUUACAAGUCAAGAACCUGAAAGUGAUUUUUUAGAUGAUGAUGUUGCAGAUAUUGUUGUAGAUUUGUUGUCACAUAAUGAUCCCGAAGCUUCUAAAGUUGCUCAAGCUAUAGAAAAAUAUGUUCAAAUAGUUGAUGAAUCUGAAAUAAUUAGCAUGGUUCAAGCUGAAGAAAAUGAACAAGAACAAGAAAGUGGUGACAAUGAAGAGUCUUCUCCUCCUCCUGUUAUAGCUAAAGAAGUGUAUAACGCAAUACAAA